AAGAUGAAUGAUGAAGAGAUUCUUGUGUGCGCAGUACAACUUGGAGAAAAUUUCUGCCUCUAUUUUGCAGACGACGAUGGGCUGGAAUGCGAUGCCUUUUCUAAGGAAAAAAUUCUCCACCGAGUCCUUCGAAAUGUAAAUAGCCAGUUGCUUGUGGUUCGACCAGACUUAAACAUUGCAGCUUUUGAAGAUGUGACAGAUCAGGAGAUGAAAUGUGGCAAUGGAAUGCACUUCAGCAUCCACUAUUACAAAACUACCACACCUUCAGCAGGGAUGCCUGUUGCAUUCAGUGUCCAGGUCGAAGAUAAAAGUUAUUACAUGUGUUGUGAGAAAGAAUGUGGAAAAACGAUAGUUCAAUUUAAGGAAGGAGAAGUUCCCAAAGACAUUCCUGGUGAAAGUAAUGUAAUCUUUUUCAAAAAGACAUUUACAUCUUGUAGCUCCAGAGCAUUUAAGUUUGAAUACUCCUUAGAACAAGGAAUGUUCUUGGCCUUUGAGGAAGAAGGCGGCUUAAGAAAAUUAAUUCUAAAGAAACUGUCAAGCAAAGAUGAAGUGGAUGAAACCAUGAAGAUAACUUUCUAACUUGUCAGAACGGAAGUCACUACCUAUGCCAUACUUCAACAGUUUUAAAAUAUAUUUUGGCUUUUUA